AUUGGACGUUGUCUCUGUUACAUGCUGGUUCUUAUCUGAAUAUUGAUGAUAUUUUGGCAUCUAAUGAACGCACGUCAUGUCGCGUUCGUGUACUACUUCCAUCUCUGUCACCACUGCUACUUUCAGAUGUCAAAGAUAAAAUGCAUGGUGAAGGCACCAAUGAUGGUUACAAAGCGUCAGAUGAC